AUGCUUUCUGAAUUAUUUUAUCAGAUAAAUUUUUCAAUUUCUAUUAUCGCUUCACUUGUUGGUAUUAUAUUUAAUUUCUUACUUACUUUUAUUAUUGUAAAUCAUCGAAAAUGUCACACUAUACAUAAUUUACUCGUAUGUGAUUUAUCUAUAUCAUCAAUACUGUAUUUAAUUAUACAUCUUAUUGGAUGUUAUUAUGGUAUUCGUAAUGAUUGGUAUUCUUAUCAACCAUUCUGUACUUUACGUAUGUAUUUAAUAACAACAACAGUUGCUGCUAUAACUUAUUCAUUUUUAAUUCAAGCAAUUAGUCGAUUAUUUUUUUCAAUUUUUUAUACUCAUACAUUUUUAUUGAGUUGGCGUACACAUUAUAUUUUAAUAAUUAUGAAAUGGUUAGCAAGUUUUUUAGUAGCUAUUCGACCACUUUUUAUCGAAGAUAGUUUUGAAGUUGUAGAAGAACAUCGAAUGUGUGGAAUUAAAACACAUAAAUUACCUGUGGCAUCAUAUUCUAUUAUUCUUUUAUAUAUUUUUCCAAAAGUUUUUGUGUUAAUUGUUUAUGGUUUAAUUCUUCAUCAAGUUUGUCAAUCGACACAUCGAGUUGGAUCAAAUAGAAUUAUAAAGAUCACUGCUGCUUGUAUUUCAUUAAAUUUUGUUCGAAAAAAUUUAAUCGUACUGAAAAAUAUGUUAAUUAUUUUGAACUUUCUUAUUUGUGGUGGUGCACCUUAUUUAGUUCUUAUACUUUGGGAUUUAAUAGAAAAUGGAAUGGCACCAAGAGAAUUAUAUUUUGUAUCAGUUAAUUCAGUGAUAGUAGCUAUUGCAAUGUUGCCAAUAUUCUUAUUUUAUAAGAAUAAAAGAGUGAGAAAUGAAGCAUUUAAAUAUUUGUUUAAAGAUUAUGUACGUAUAGAAUAA